AUAAACAGAGAAGGGGGUAGGCUAUGCUAUGUUUAGAGGAAGUUGGGUCUAUUCUGCACUAUCUAUGUAUGCAAAGUUCAACACAAUACUGGAGCAGUCGGUGCACUCCUUGGGCACUCAGGCAUUUCAGUAAUUUUAGUUACAUUUCCUGCAAGAAUUAAAGUAAAUGAACAGUACAGCCCACCAUGUGAACUGGGAGGAUAUUCAAGUGCCAGCAAUUUUGAACAACAUUCUUCAGUUAUUUCUUAAAUCGGGUUCAUAAUUUUUUUCUUGACAAGCCUCAAAAUGACAUCUUCAUUCCGAUAUGGAGUGACAAUUACUGGGACAAUACUGUUGGUGACUGGAACACUUUGCUUUGCCUGGUGGAGUGACGGAGAGGCAAGCAUGGGGACACCAGAAAAAUUCCAGGCCAAAACAAGAGCUGGGGCUGAGACUACUUCCAACUCCCCUGCCUUUCUGAGGUCAGUCAGCUUCUUCUGCAUUGGGAUUGGAGGGGUCCUUCUGCUCUUUGGACUACUGUGGUCAGUGAAAGUGAAUGCCAAGACAGUAUCCCACAGUUAUCAUUAUCAUUCAGGAACAAGCCAUCACCAUCUUAACAUAGAAGCAAGCAAAAGCCGCAGAUACAGUGUUGGAAAAACAUAUAAAAUCCCUAAGAGACAAACACAAAUACCAGAAACUCGAAAUAUGGAAAGAAGUAGAAGUACUCUAAGUAUCUCAGAGAGUGACAGGGUACCUACUUACGAAGAGGCGUUACUGUGCAGGCCUAUCAUCAGCAUUAUUCCAAGUCUUACGCUGCUUCCAACAUAUGAAGAGAACUUUGUUAUACAGUCACAGCAGAUGGAGACUAACAACCAGGAAGCAUUCAUAAGUCGUAUGCGAAGUUUCUCAGAUAGUGUUCUCCUCAGAAAAUCAUCAAGUGAGCCCAACACAGCACAAGAGACGACACAAACGGGAGGUAUAACUCCUACCUACUCUACUCCUCCUCCAAGUUACGAAAACAUUCCAAUAUAUGAUGUGUGAAGACAAAUGGGAAAUCUGCCUUAGUAUUGCAGGAUUAGACUAACAGAUAAACACUGAACAAUGUUACUGUCACCAGGUAUCAGAAGAACAACUAAUGUCUGGUGUCAGAAUGUGACCUGGGACUGGGUAUAAAAGUCAUGGUGGUCGGCAAAGAAAAUCACUCUGUUAUACAGAUGUGUUCGAUCAUGGUGGUCAGCAAAGAAAAUCACUCUAUUAUACAGAUGUGCUCGAAGUGGUAUGUCAGACACUAUGAGAUUAGAGAGUUAUCACAUUGUAAGGCUGCCUGUGGGCCUUUUUUACAGCUUGUAGGACUGUGUUAGAUAAUGUUAGCACACAUAAGUUGCUCAUGGUCCCCUGAAAAAGGAGAAUGUGUGUAAAUGGGCAUUUAUUUUACUUGACUGCCAAUGGCACAUGCAUGGGACAAUAUUCUAUUACUUUUACAUUUUGUUUGUAAAGACUGGGGUAGGGUAAAUGAUAUUAUGUUCCUGUACUGGUCGAAAAUGGUUAUACAGAAUGAAAGCACAUCACAAAAUCAGGUAAUAUGGUAUGCAGGCAUCAGUCAUGCAAAUUGUUUUACUCCUUGAAGCUGGUAUUUAUUUGUCUUAACAUAACUUCAUGGUGGUUGCAGUUCAUAUUGUCUGUAAAUUCAUUUUUGCCCCAUGCAGCUAUUUCCAGGCCCACUGAUGUUGUUGUUUCAUCCUUUAGUAUUUCACCCUCGCUGCAUUUCCCUGUCUAGAAUUGUAAUUGUGUUUUGACUGUUAAUACUUGAAAAACUAAGGAUCAGUCAUAUGAAACUUACUGCUUUGAUGAAUCAACACAUGCAUACACUUCAGUACUGUUCCCACAAAGGAAACAGUACUCCAAGCAAGCAUGAUGGAACCUUAUUUUUCAGUGGGUGAUAAGGUCCCAUACGUACCUCACAUACACUAUGGGGAAGAGCAUUUUUCAGAUCCAUAACCAGUUAAUGCAGUCAACUGCAAGAUUAAAACUACUCAGAGAAGGGCAUAUGAUUCUUGUUAACAGUGAUACUGGAUCAAAAGUGUUUUUGCUGAAAUGAAUUCAUUAAGACAUGGAAUGGUUUUGUUUAAAGAAUCAUGCUUUGAACAACUAACCUACUACAUGAGCGGACUCUGUUUGAAUGUAGCAUAGGAAUAGCAGUGAGGUAAUAAUGCAAGUGUGGGUUUUGCCUUGCCUUGGAUGCAGAUCACUGUUUGUUUUAUAUUAAAACACAGCAACUGUGGGCUGUAAACAAUGACUUGGAUGCAUCAACCUAUGGGAAUGUACAGAGGCAGAAACACUCCUGGAGUAAGACGAGAAGGUGGUUACAGGAGCAAUGUCAGAGACAGGUACGAAACGUACUUCUUUGAUUAAUCAACAAAUGCAUCCACAUCACUACUGUUCCUACAAAGGAAACGGUCAGCUGCAAGAUUAAAACCACUCAGAGAUGCUGGGGUUACAUAGACAUGUCUGGUAAAGAUCUAUAUGACAGAAUCACGUCUGGUAGAAAAACAACUGGAAGAAAUCUCAUUCAGUGGAGUCAUAUUUAGCCUAAAACUAAACCAAAUACUUAUUUCUACUAUACAUUAAAUAAACUAAUUCUCAAAGCACCCAAAGUAGAAAAAUAAACCUGCAAUUGUUUUUUCUACCCUUCAGACAUAUAUAUACCAACUACACAGUAGCACCAACUCAGAGAAGGGAAAAAUCUCCCAAAACAAUAGAAUCAUUUUUGGCACACUUAAAAAUCACAGUAGCUGAGAUUUCCCACAUGAAACAGUGAUCACUACAAACAAAUACUUUUUGAAAUUGGAUCACCUCCCCCCUUCAACACAUAACUCAUGUAGGCCAACCCUAAUUGUAAUGCUAACCCUACCCCUGCCCCUAAUUCAAACCCCACAUAUUACUAAAAACCCUUUCGCUAACAGUAGCUCUAUACAAGACAAAAGGACACAGAAUACACACAGCACAAAACUGACUCUACCCAAUUACUUAACCCGCACUCUAACCCUGAUCCACUACCAUGUGCACAUAAACAACAACUGCUUUAACACAGUCUUGCACAUUUUCACAGCUGUCACUUUUUCAUUCAAACAUUAUUUUCCUGCACAGGCCUGCUUACCUAUUCUAUAUAAAAUUUCAUUUAACCAUAAGUUGUUGUUUCUUUCAGCUCUUCCUGGUUAGGGGUCGCCACAGCAGAACUCCGGUCCGCUAAUGAUUGGCAGUAGAUUUUUACGUACC